AUUUUGAGCCCUCACCUCUCCCCGGUCAGGUCCAUUUUUGCGAUUGUAGGGGCAGGCCUGCUCCCCUGACUACUUUGACUCUUUAUCUUUCCACGGUUUGUAACCCUUCGGUGAUUCUAUCGACCAAUGUAUCCGUUUAAAAUAGAAGUGGCCACGGCCCUGGCGGUGUGGGCGAUAACCUCGGCCGGUCUCAGCACCAACAAUUCGCUUCAUGGCCUCUGCCCACGAGGAAAUGAUCUAGGGGAGCUCGGAGGCAAGCUUUCGUCCACUGCGAAGGUCUAUUGCCCUGGCUCGGAAGGGUUCAAGGUCGCAUCAACUCGGUGGUCAGUAUUGGACGCCCCGAAAGUGAAUAUCGUCGUAGUCCCAGGCACAGAAAAUGACGUUGUGGAGACGGUGAAAUAUGCAAACAAGAAGGACCUGCCCUUCCUGGCGUACAAUGGCGCUCACGGAGCAAUCACUACCUUGGGCAAGAUGGACCAUGGUAUCGAGAUCUACAUGAAUCAAUUGAGCAGCGUCGACAUUUCCAAGGAUGGAAAGACUGUCACCAUCGGUGGAGGAACCCAGUCAAAGGCUGUUACAGACAAGCUGUGGGCGGCAGGAAAGCAAACAGUCACCGGAACCUGCGAAUGUGUCAGCUUUCUUGGACCCGCUCUUGGAGGAGGACAUGGGUGGCUGCAGGGACAUCACGGGCUCGUCGCGGACCAGUUCGUCUCCAUGAACAUCGUCCUUGCUGACGGAACCCUCAAAGUACUCGACGCAAGCUCUGACCUCUGGUGGGCGAUGAACGGUGCCGGCCACAACUUUGGAAUCGUCACCUCUGUUACGACGAAAAUCUUCGACAUCCAGCACCGCGACUGGGCAAUCGAGACUAUCACGUUCAGCGGUGAUAAAGUCGAGGCCGUCUACCAGGCAGUCAACGACCAUCUCUUGAAGAAUGGCACCCAGCCCGCGGGUUUGAUCAACUGGUCGUACUGGAUGAACAACCCAGACGCUGACCCCAACAAUCCUGUCAUUCUGCUCUACAUCAUCCAAGAAGGAGUGAAAGCAGUCGACUCAGCCUACACGAAACCUUUCCACGAUAUCGGUCCGUUGUCCACCGAACCCAUUGGAGGGAGCUACACCGAUCUCGCCGGAUGGACUGGCAUCGCGUUAUCCUCCCCACCAUGCCAAAAGGCCGGACUCGUUAACCCUCGCUUCCCCAACUAUCUCGAAACAUACGACGUCCCAGCCCAGAAGAAGGCAUACGAGGUCUUCGCCGACGGAGUGCGGGGAACCUCUCCCUUCAAUAACUCCAUUUUCAUGUUUGAGGGCUACUCCAUGGAGGGUGUAAAGGCAAUUGACAGCAAGUCGAGUGCUUUUGCCUUCCGCAGCGAGAAUAUCCUCUCCGCCCCCCUUAUCACCUAUGCACCUGCCGGGGCCGACCUUGAUCAGAAGGCAGCUAAGCUAGGUAAUGAGCUUCGUCAGAUUCUCCACAAGGCUAGCGGACGUCCGGAUGUGCGCGCCUAUGUUAACUAUGCAUAUGGAGACGAGACACCAGAACAGUGGUAUGGCAGCGAGAGCUGGCGUCAAGCUCGCCUUCAGUCUUUGAAGAAGAAGUACGAUCCGGAGGGCAAGUUCAGCUUCUUUGGACCUGUUGCCUAAGGUGGGGCGAGACCUUGGAACUUUGUACAUAAUGAGUAGUGUGACCGGGUGCCAUUAGGAACCCGCAGCUCCAUUUUACAUAUUAAUCAGAUUUGUCAAUAGCUAUUCCUAGCAUAUCGCUUACUUUCUUGAUUUAGG